AUGGAGUUUGGCGAAUUGUCAACAGAAGGCGAUGUCGUUAUAAAAGAGGUUUCAUCUCCGUGUAGUCAAGAGAAAGUUACCCGAGUAGGCGAAGAGUUUGUUGCCUCGGCUGAAAGAGGAGAGAGGGAAACGGAGCAAAACACGCCACGUGUUGUGUACUCGAAGGAAGAGUUACUCAAUUUGAGGGAGUCUCCAGCAUCAAAACUCUGGCCAUCUAUUCUUUCAGAAGAACACAUCAGGCAGGGAGUGUGGGAUCCUGAAAUCUGGCACCAAUCUAACUCAAGCGGAAAAAGAUGUACCUCACCAGGAGAGGAACUCAAGAAACAACUCAUUAUUGAGGAUGGUAUAGUGUUGAGCCCUCAACGUCAAAGCUUUGUACAAGGCUGUCAGAUUCCUCAGAGUGCACCGGAAAGGAAUAACCAACAGGAGAGAGUGAAGACAGGUUUGAGCAGGACAACUGAUCGUGAUAGGGAGGGUAGGAGUAGACUCACUGGAAGGGUGGGUAGAGGAAGGGCCUUGGACUAUAAAGAACGCACACCUCUACAAGAAAGGAACAAGGAUCCAGAGGAACCGUCAGGGAAAUAUUCAGGUUUAAGGGAAAAGGAAGAGAGAGGUGAGCGAGACAGAGCUGGUGGAAGUUAUGGCAAGGAGAAAGAUAGAGGAUUCAGGGAGAGAGAUCAAGAUCAAAACCGAAAUAGAGAAGAACAUAGUAGAGGGAGAAAUAUUCAUGUCAGGAAAAAACAUGUGAAAGAAAUUCAAAAUGAAGAGCCAGAAUGGUUUACAUUUGGUCCAUCAAGCCAGUUUGAAACCAUGGAGCUUAAAGGAUUUGAUGAUGACGAGCUUGAAAAAAGAGAUCAAGAGAGGCGUAAAUCUGCAUCUGAUGAGCUCAAAGCAAUUUUGUCAGUUGGUAAGAAAGCCCCCAUGAAUGGUGAAGUGAAGAGUUCUUCAGCUACAACAGGCAGUAGUCCAUCCCAAGAUGGUGCAGGUGGCCAAAAGAACAAAAAAACUAAAGAUGCUAAAGAAAAUGUAAAUGGUACAGCUGAUGACAGCCAUAAACAAAAUGCCAAGCCUUUUGAUAUUAACGACUUUUUCCUGAGUGAAUCAUUGCUGCCUAUUUCAGGAGGGGUGGACCAAGCCAGUAGUCGGUUUCGUCAGUUUUUUGGUCAACCUGGAAGUAACUACAGUAGCAGUAGAAGUGGAAGUCCAGGUAUUGCAAGUGGUGGUACAAACACACCUCGGACGCCGUCACCAGGACCAAACUACUUAUUCUCCCCAAUUGCACCUUCAGUAGUUGAUGGUGUUGACUCUCAUGGCCUGGCGCACAUGCUACAGAGUACCCGCAUCAACAUGCAGCCUUUUCUGGAUGAGGUUAUGUCUGUCGGAAAGGAAAGCAAAGUUAAAGGAUCAGUCAGGUUGGAGGACAUUGAGGCUGAGGUCACAAAAGAUGGCGUGGACUUUGCAAAGAAAGAGACUAGUGACUUGGAACAAAACAAAGAAAAUCUCAAAAGGGGCGACACAACUAGCUCAAAGGAGGAAAUGUUGGCAUUUAAUAUGCUUGUUGAAAAGAUGAAGUCUUCAGGGACAUUGCCAGAGAAGCCUCAGCCUGCGAUUCCGGGAUUACCGUCCCGUUUACUACCAAGACCACCAUCUCCUAAACGUAAAACUCCAAGAAAUACACCUUCUCCUUAUCAUGAUCUAAGACGUUCACCCUCACCUGCUGAGCUGCUGAAACGGAUGACUAUGCAGGGAGCAGUUUCUGAUGACAGGCCCCCAUCACCAGCCCAGGUGGUGCCUCAGAUGCACAGACCUCCCUCACCUCUGGAGAUGUUCCACAAGUACGGUGCAAUAGUAAGCCCGUCUCAUGAUGUGUUUGCUUCUCCUUUGUUACGGCGCACACCGUCUCCUCAUGCUAUACUUGCGCAGCAGAGAGACAGUCCUCCACUUGGGUUUGGUGGCGUCAACUUGCAUAACGUACCCCCACACGUCAUGUCGCUGUACCUCGCAGGACAUCAUCCAGGCAUGCAGCAGAAAGGCAACCAGAAGCCACCUUCAAGGACGCCACAAGGGAGGAACACCACGCCAGGAGGCGCCCCGGAACCGCGCAAUCAGUGUGCGCCACAUUCAAAACCAACUUCAGAGGGUCAGAUGGGUUCCCCUUUUAUACCUGAUCGAUCUUUCAUGCCGACAUCUGUGUUGAGAAAGAUACGCAAGGAACAGUUAGACCAAAAGAUGCCAAAGUCUGACGAACAGCCUAAAGUAAGAACUUCCAUAGCAGUUGAAGAAGCCAUUGCCAAUAACAAAGACCACACGGCUGACCAAGAUCCCUUCCAGGCGAAAGCUAGGUCACAGUCAGGCGAUACAGAUGAAUUAGUUAAGAUGGCGCUCUUCCAACAGUAUGCGACUGAAAACGACGCUCAAGGAAACAAACCUGCUCAGAAACACGACCAUCUAUUGUCUCCAAGGUCCAUGAUGUCAAAUGAUUCACAACCACCUCAAAGUGGUUCGCCAAUUUUGCAGAAGCCAACGGCCUUUAGACCUUUACCUGGCUCUCCACAAGUACCGUUUCUUAGUUUCAAGAGUAGCGGUAUUCACUCCGAACCAGCAUCUCCUCUGCAUUCUUUUAAUCAGAGCGCAGGAUCACCACUGAGACCCGCAAGGCCCCUGCCUCACUCGGAACCAUGCACUCCUCAACGUCAUCCAUUGGCAGAUAAAGCAACUUUGCUGUCGCCUCAGCAGUUGGCGUCCAAAGGUUUGAUGCCAAGAGUAGACAGUAAGCCAGGGGAAGGAUUAUUUGGCCAUGUCACUACCUUGGAGAGUCAGGGAAAAGGCAUUCGCAGUGGCAUCACGCGUGUUGUCACGGCCAAUGAAGGCAGGCCCCUAACGCACUCGUUCGAGCAGCAACCGCAUAGUAUACCAGAGAAGGUGUCUAUGCCUGAAGACGUGUUUCACACGAAGAGAAGUGAGAGUUUGUCAAAAAGUCAUCAUGGUCCAACUAUGCAAAGAAUGAACAGCACCGAGAUGUCGACAUCAUAUGAGAACCUGCCGCCAAAUCAUCCUCAAGGAAUCCACGGAAGUGGUUCACGACCCACUCCGGCUCAUUUCAUGACAAGAUCGUUUUCAGGACCGCAUGGUCCACGGCCUGGUCCACAUGUACCAAAUGGACGCAUGUCACCGUCAAGUAUGCCAGCAAUGCAUGGUCAUCCUGGUCGGACUCCCUUUAACUCACCUAUGCCAGGCAUGCCGAUGCCUCCCCGUUCUGCAAUGCAUCCUGGUAUGAUCCCACCGCACAUGCAAGCAGCUUAUCUAAGGAUGAUGUCUUCAAGUGGAACUCCCAUGGGCGGCAUCCCCUCUCCCGGAAUAAACCCGAUGUCUAUGAGGUUGCCUAUUCCACACUCGGUGGGAAGGUAUCCUAUAAUGCCAGGACACAAUCCUGCAGCAGCAGCAGCAGCUGCUGCCGCUAUGAUGUAUGGGGGGCGUCCGUCACCUGGAUAUCCAACUGUUAACCCUGCAACGAUGAUAGGAGCUCGUUCCCCUCACAUGCCCCAUCACGUUGGUCUACAGCAGGUCCAGGGGAGACGAGUUCCCAGUCCUAUUACGAACCAUCCUCAUCAAUCCCAUUCUCCGGGUGGGUCUGGCUCAGGCAACAUUUUGUCGAAGUGGUUCAGUGAAGAUGUUCUUCAACAGGCCGCCCCAGUGCACAAGGAUACCACUGCUGACUUUUCAAGGAAAGUCAUGUCAGUAGAAGAACUGGAGAGACAGCAGACCGCAGCCAUGAAUUAAUUUAAGCUUUUUUGCGGUAAUUUGGUAUUGAAUGCUUCCAUAAUUAUUGUAUUGGUGAGCGUGAGUUUACUGACGCUGUCGCUGAGAUCUUUCUGACUGUAUUCAUAUUUUAGAUACUAUAGAUCUGUGGCCGUGUGAUUACAUCUUCUUCUCUUCUAAAUUAAGAAAAAAAAGUUAUUUAUUUGUAAAGCCGUUCGUUGCUAAUUUCACAUGUUUGCUGCUUUUUCGUGCUAGUGAGCUUCAUUUCCACAAACGCUAUUUGUUCAACUCUUUAGGUUUAUUAAUGUACACUGUAUAUAGAAAUCAACUGUGCUUCACGUGAACUGAAAAGAAAAAUGUUGAGAUUGGGGUUCUUCAUUUAAGGGAUUUGUGUAUUUAAAUAAUUUGCUCAAUUUAGUGUCUUUUUUCCUAGUGUUUUCGUUUAAGAACGUUUGCGCUAACUCGAUGUUAGAGUAUCCUCUGCGGAUGAAGGUUGAUCCAAUUUUUCCGUGAAAUCACUUUCUUUCUGAAUUCUUACUUUAUAAAGAAAAUCCCCAAAAAAUAUAUAAAUGGACAAUUUCUAAUUAUUUUGAGCUUACAAUUCUUUUGGGUUCUAAUUAAGACAUGAGUAUAGGUAUAAAUAACUUCAGUGGCCUUCGUUGAGAAUAGGUCUAACUAUGGCAAUGACAUUAGUGAAAGUCUAUGAUGUAGUGGGUCCUUUAACUCGGUCUAAAGUGAACACGCAUCAAAGAUAUAAUUCUUCGUUCAAUUUCGAUUUUGUAGAACGUAACGAGGCCAUAAUUGUUAUCAAGGAUUAAAGCUCCGAUAAACUUUGGCCAUUGACAUAGGCUUAUCCCAGUCAACCGCAGUCCAAGUUACGAAAGUAAUUUUUACGUCUGAGCGUGCAUGUCCUUCAAUGGAAAAGCUGAUAAAAUGUGGCGAGCAGCUAUGUAUAUUUAUUGGAACAAAAGAAAGUUUAUAUUACAAAAUGGUUUAAUUCACAAAGGACUUAGUUGGUAACUCACGGUGGCCACCAUUUUAAUGUAUUUGGUACUGGUAUGGCUGUCGUGACAUCAUGUGAAAACAAUCUAUUUUUCAUCUAUGAUUAAUCAGUCUUGCAUUAUUGCCAAAAGCGGUAGUUCUCAUUCCAUAAUAUUCUAAACGUGGGGCUGCACGAUUUCGGUAAAUGUCAAUUGUUGGCGAGAAGACAGUACAAUUUGGUCGUAAAAUUUUGUAAAAUUAUGCAAGGCGUAUGUUAUCAUGGAUUAUGAAACCUGUGUUAUUUUCUAGACAACAUUCUCCACCUGAAUUAUCCAAAAUGAUUUACUGCAGGCUUCGUUUUCCCUUCGUAUCGUCGCUAUAAUGUUAGCAAAUCAGAUAUGUUAUGGAAUGAAGUUAUACUCUAGGUUCGCCCUUCUGGACCACGUGGAAGUAAAAGAGAGGCUUGGAACAAGAAAGUGAGUUGCAGGAAGUACAUGCUGUGUACAACGAGUACCAUGACUGAUUGCACUGGAUUAUGCAAAUAAACUUGUUCUCCUGUUA